UGUCGUGCUUUUACUUUCAAAAUACAAACAACCUUUUUCAUUUUAAUAUUUUGACCUAAAGCUGGUUCUUUCAAAUUUCGUAUACAUUUCACAAACCAGGGAAAGAAGACUGAUCUACUGCCAGUUUGAGCACCAUGUGUUUCAAUGAGCUGGAGGGUCGCUCCCUGCUCCCUGAUUGCCACAUCGCCAAUAGAGUGUUCCUAUACACCUUUCUGCAUUCUCUCCAGGAAGAGGAUCGUCGGCCGGAGGACGUAGAUGUCGAGUUUCGGGAUCGCUACACUGUAUUCCGCGAGGUGCUGCCCAACUUUCCGGUGCCACAACAUGGUAUUCCCAGGAUUCAAGCUUACAUAGAGCAGGUACAGAAUACUGGCAGCACGAACCCCAACAGCUCUGGGCGAGAGACCAGUGAUUCCAGCCUGGACAGCGAUCCCCACCAGGGCGCCACUUCUGCCAACGGGAUGGACUAAGCUCGUUUAUCAUCACUCGACCAGAUAAAUUUGAAAAGUGAAACCUUUGUCUUUCGUUAAAUGUCUGCCAAGUUGCGUUAAAUGUAACGAAAGUAAAAUCUGACCAUUAAAUGUUCAACCAUAAAAAAAGAAAA